AUGGCAGCGGCGGGUCCCGCUCCGAGCCCGGCCUCCACGCAGCCCUCCCUGCCCUCCGGACUGGCCGUGCUUAAAACCGUCCCCUACCUGUUCAUGCUGCCUGAGAUAGUCUGUGGGGCCUGGGUCUGGAUCCUCGUCGCCGCUACCUCCGUCUCGUUCCCGCUGCUGCAGGGAUGGGUGAUGUACGUGUCCCUCACCUCCUGCCUCCUCUCCCUGCUGCUCUUCUUAAGCUACUUCUUCGGAUUUCGCAGAAACAGCGAGAACUGGAGGGUGCUGGACAGCCUGUACCACGGUGCCACGGCCAUCCUGUACAUGAGCGCCGCCGUCCUGCAGGCCAACGCCACCAUCCGCUCCGAGGACAACCCCAGCUCCCCGCCGCGCUACCAGCUCAACACCGCCGCCUCCUUCUUUGCCUUCCUCACGACCUUCCUGUACAUCCUUCACGCCUUCAGCAUCUACUACCACUGACCCAGGAGGACACGUCAGCCUUUGGAGCUGCACAACAGCCUCCCCAGAGCAAGAGAAGCACCCGCUCCCAGCAAGGACUCCAUGCCCUGACCCUGCACUGCGCCGCACGGAGCUGGUGGCUGCUCUUCCCCUGCCCCUAAGGAGAGGUCUUUAGGCAUCAGGCGCCGUGUCGCCGU